AUGUCGCCGCUCGAGUACGCCGAGAAGUUCAAGCACGUCAACUGCGCGGCUUUGGUGCGCAACGAAGCCAACUACCGCGUCAAGGACCCUUCCAACGCGUUCGUCACGAGCCUCCACGCCGAGCUCACGGUCGCUGAUGGCGCCGACUUUGACGAGCGCCUCUUCCGCCAAGCAGUCGAGAACGACCCCGCCGCCGCCGCCAAGUACCUCGACCAGUUCGUCUCGAGUGGCCGGUACGACUAUGCGUUCACGCAGCUCGAUGCAAUUUGUGGUCGGAAGAACGUCAAGUCGUCGGCGUUGUACUCCGUCUUGAACGACUCGAUCGUGGACGACGGUGGCGCCAAGCACGACCUUUUGCAGCACGUCGUGCUGCAGCGUGUGCUGGACGUCAAGUGGGAGCUCUUUGGCGCGCGCAAAUACUACCAGCAGCUGCUCUUGUACAUUCUCAUGGUCGGCGCUGUGCUCACGACGGUCACAUUCGACUUUCGGCUGCGGGCCGCCGUCGUCGCGUCGCGGGCCGUCGAAGAGAGUGACGGGGUCGAGCGCGCUCGGAAGCUCAUCGACUCGUUUCCCGCGCAGCUCACGCUUUGGCUCAUCGCGCUCGUCUUUGCAUUUUUUGCGUUUGUCCAUCUGCGCCAUCUCAAGCCGCGCAAGUUCACCAAGCUCACGCGCUGGAUGUACGACGGCAAGUACGUCUUCGACCCGGCUUUUGCGAUCCCCGAGGCUGCUGUGUACAAGGCCCAGGCCAAAGCGUGGCUGUUCCGGCGCACGCUUCUCUGGACGAUCCUGGUUGCAACGCCGAUCGUCGUGGUGUACGCUCUUGAGCGCCGCGCUGGCAACAACAUGGGCGAUUUGGUGCUCGCGGCGACAGCUUUCCUUGGCUACUGGCUCCUCGCCUUUUACUUUCUGCAUCUCGAAGUCAAGGAGCUUCUCGGCGAAGACCCGUGGCUCGUCCAGCGCCGGGCCAACGCCAACCUUAUUGGCAAGCUCUUUUGGUCGAUCGUCAUCGUCUUGUACGUGCCGGUCACGCCGUUUUUGGUGUCGUACCGCAAGUACUACGCGUCGUCCACCAACAAGCUCCAAGUGCUCACGUACCUCUGCAUGCUCGGCCCCUUCUUCUGGCUCCAGCUGAGCCAGAUUCUCAUCUCGGUAGUCAACUCCGGCGAUCAAGAGUGGCAAUUCGAGAUGUACGCGUGGACCCACGAGGCCUACGUCUGCCUCGGCGCGUGCAUCAUUCUGAGCCUCUGGAUGCUCUCGCUGCAGUUCCUCGAGGUCAACAAGACCGCCGGCUACCUCCUUCCGAUCGUCAAGGACGUCAUGGGCGACGUCUGGGACUUUCUCAUCUUCUACGGUGUCUUCCAGUGCGGCCUCACGUGCGCCUACUACUUUAUCUUUCAGCAAAAGUCGGAUGCGUACAAGACGCUCUGGGCGAGCUUCCGCGCCACGUACUUUGUCAUGUACGGCGAGAACGGCGUCGGCGACUUCAACGCCAAGGACGACACGACAAAGGACCACCUGCUGCAAGGCCCGAUCAUGCAUUUCGGCUUCAUUCUGCGCAUGUUCCACUGCGCGGUCAUGGUCGUGCUUCUGCUCAACUUGCUUCUCGCGAUGAUGAACAAGACGGUCGACCGCAACUGGGCCAAGCUGCAGUCGCGGGCGCUGGCGAGCUACGCGCGCUGCGUGCUGCGCCUUGAGACGAUGCUCGGCCACACGGAAGCGGCGCGCGAGAUGCGCCUUCAGAUUUUGACACCCGCUGGUCCGGUCCUCAACCCGAUUUUUGAAGAGCACAUCUCCAAGCGUCAGCUUACGAUGUCCAUCGCCAAGGACGACACUGAUGAAGACACACGGCGUGACGGACUUUUGACCAAGGUGCACGACUUGUCGAUCCAGAACGCGCAGCUCGAGACGCAAAUCGCCGGUACGACGCAGCGCCUCGAUAGCCAGCUCCACGACGUGCUUGCAGCCAUCCAACGCGCUGCCAAGUAG